AUGUACUUCGAGAAUAGCGGAUACCAGAAACAGAAAAGCUCUUCAAUAACUAAUCCUUUGUGGGUUUCUUUCAAACAACUACAAGAAACGUGUAAGGUUAUGGCACACUCAGAACCUGCAAGUGCAGACAGGGAAUUAUUUCAAGUUUACAGUGGUGCAAGGAGACCUCGGAUACUGCUUGCUGCUAGCGGAAGUGUAGCUGCUAUAAAAUUUGCUAAUCUAUGUCACUGCUUUUCUGAGUGGGCAGAAGUAAAAGCAGUUGCAACUAAGGCGUCUAUGCAUUUUAUAGACACUGCAUCACUUCCCAUGGACAUGACUCUUUACACUGACGAGGAUGAAUGGUCGACUUGGAAGAAAAUAGGUGAUAGCGUAUUGCACAUUGAACUUCGAAGAUGGGCUGAUAUUAUGGUCAUUGCCCCUUUGUCAGCAAACACACUUGGCAAGAUUGCCGGGGGAUUGUGUGAUAACUUGCUGACUUGCAUUGUACGGGCAUGGGAUUAUAGUAAACCAUUUUUUGUGGCGCCAGCCAUGAAUACUUUAAUGUGGAACAACCCUUUUACAGAACGCCAUCUUAUGACAAUUGACGAUCUAGGAAUUUCCCUUAUACCGCCAGUGACAAAGAGGCUAGCCUGUGGAGAUUAUGGAAACGGUGCAAUGGCUGAGCCUUCUCUCAUUUACUCAACCGUAAGGCUCUUCUUAGAGAAACGGGCACAAUCAAUUGGUAGAAAUAUUCAGUGA